AUGACUCAUACUCAGCAGGUUGAGGGUGAUAAUAUUACGGAACAUGAUAAGGAGAACAAGAAGGCUAGGAUUGGAAACUAUGAGUAUUCACAACAUAAAUCGGGCGGUGCAAAUCGCUCGCAUGGUCAGCAGAAGUUUUCAACUCCGGCACUUUCAUCAGCUAGUGUUCCGUCCUCCAAGUUUAGACAAGAUCAGAAAGGUAGGGCAUCAGGCCCUAUGUCUCAGGGAAGUUUUUCAGGUACCAAAACCUACCCAACUUACCCUAAGUGUGGUAAGAAACAUUCGAGCGACUGCCUUACAGGAAAGGAAGGAUGCUUUAGGUGUGGUCAGUCUGGUCACAGGUUGAGGGAUUGUCCUUCUAAGCAGGGUAAAAGAGGUAAUAAUGGUAGAUCUCAGUCUACAACUUCAGCAAAACCAACAAGUUGCCCAACUCAACAGGGUAACUCAUCUUGUACAGGUGGCGGAUAG